UAAUCCUAGUAAAAAGUCUCGAACACGUCAGAUGAACACCAGGUCAUCUGCACAGGACAUGCCGUGCCAGAUCUGCUACCUGAACUAUCCUAACUCGUACUUUACUGGCUUGGAGUGUGGACAUAAGUUUUGUAUGCAGUGCUGGAGUGAAUAUUUAACUACCAAAAUAAUGGAGGAAGGCAUGGGACAGACAAUUUCAUGUCCUGCUCACGGCUGUGAUAUCUUGGUUGAUGACAAUACAGUUAUGCGCCUGAUCACAGAUUCCAAAGUUAAAUUAAAGUACCAGCAUUUAAUAACUAAUAGUUUUGUAGAGUGCAACUGACUGUUAAAAUGGUGUCCUGCUCCUGAUUGCCACCAUGUUGUUAAAGUACAAUACCCUGAUGCGAAGCCCGUUCGUUGUAAAUGUGGCCGACAAUUUUGCUUUAACUGUGGUGAGAACUGGCAUGAUCCUGUUAAGUGCAAGUGGUUAAAGAAGUGGAUUAAGAAGUGUGAUGAUGACAGCGAAACUUCUAAUUGGAUUGCAGCAAACACAAAGGAAUGCCCCAAAUGUCAUGUGACCAUAGAGAAGGAUGGUGGCUGCAAUCACAUGGUCUGUCGGAACCAGAAUUGUAAAGCUGAGUUUUGCUGGGUGUGUCUUGGCCCUUGGGAGCCACACGGAUCUGCCUGGUACAACUGCAAUCGCUACAAUGAGGAUGAUGCCAAGGCAGCACGAGAUGCCCAAGAGCGAUCCAGAGCAGCCCUGCAGAGGUACCUCUUCUACUGCAACCGCUACAUGAACCAUAUGCAAAGCCUGCGUUUUGAGCACAAACUCUACGCCCAAGUCAAGCAGAAGAUGGAGGAGAUGCAGCAGCACAACAUGUCCUGGAUCGAAGUCCAGUUCCUGAAGAAAGCAGUCGAUGUUCUCUGCCAGUGCCGUGCCACACUCAUGUACACCUACGUCUUUGCCUUCUACCUCAAAAAGAAUAAUCAGUCCAUUAUCUUCGAGAAUAAUCAAGCAGAUUUGGAAAAUGCUACCGAGGUCCUUUCUGGGUAUCUGGAACGAGAUAUAUCCCAAGAUUCACUGCAAGACAUAAAGCAAAAAGUGCAAGACAAAUACAGAUACUGCGAGAGUCGACGAAGGGUUUUGUUGCAACACGUGCAUGAAGGCUACGAGAAGGACCUGUGGGAGUAUAUUGAGGACUGAAACUGGCCUGCAUAAAACGAACUCUGAAAACCUUUUACCAUCUAGAGUGCUCAUGAAAUUAAAGCAAAACACACACAAAAAAGGGCACUAUGCCUAUUACACCGCUGGUCUGUAGUACCGGAAUUCUGUUUUUGUUAAUGGAAAAGAAAUUUAAGUAAAUUAUAUUGUAAUAAAAAAGGUAGAUAAACCAUUGUACAACAGUAUUCUAGGUGGCCAGUAAGUGUGACCAGACGCACUAAAAAUACCAACAACCCCUCCAACUUUAACUUGUAACGUAGCUUCAUUCUCCAAGCUGACUUUUUCCCCCUCCUCCUAUGCGUAUUACAGAUGAAAUUUAAAACAGUUUCUUGACACUGCUUUUCAUGUCCAACCAGCCAUUUUGAUGUACUUUGGUAUGAGAUUUCCCCCCCCCUUCCCCCGCACACGCACCAAUUCAUGGGUGAAUGUUGUUUGGCUUCUUGUAAAGAGGAUUUUGGGGGAGGGGGGAGGGGAGGGGCACCCGGCAAGGAAGAACUUUGUACAUGACUUUUAAAAAAACAAAACAAAGAGGACAACACAGUAUUUUUCAAAAUUGUAAAUAGCGCAUAUGCAUGGACAAAGAGCAAGCGUGGCACGUGUUUGCAUAAUGUUUAAUUACAAAAAUAUUUAUUCUUUAAAAAUCUUCGAGAUGUCUAUUUGCUGUGCAUUUUUCUUUCAGUUUGCUUUUUACCUGGGAUUGAGACGAGGGGUUGGGGGCGGUGGGACAGUGUGUGCUGCUGUAAGAACUCUCUCUCUUCCCCCCCCGCCCCCUUUUUACACACACACAUGCAACACACCCAUUGAAAUGGUGAGAAAAACUUUGAUUUUCUUCAUCCUCUUCUCCUGCUGUCGUUCCUUUGUGACUCUUCCAUGGUUUGGGUGUGUUCAUUGCUGGCAACGGACACCGUCCCAUUUGCACUUCCAGCUUGUUCGGAUGCAAAACUGGUUUCACUCGGCUUGUGCGUUCCAACGUUUGGACAUGAAAGUGUAGUGGUUCCGGCUGGUUUGUCUCUUUGCUCAGAACACCCACCCUUUUGGCCUCUCUCUGCCCCCUUCCCAUGCACGUCGGGCAUCCGCCCUGUUCCCGCCUCCCAUAGUUGUUCAUAGGAAGUGUUAGGAAGCUUCUCUGGGAUUGAAGGGCUCGAACGGAACAUUCCUCGUUGUUUUGUGUUGUCCGUUGUGUUAAACACCAAAAACAAAGAUGGAGUUGCUUGUUUUUUUGGGGGGCAAGGUGGUUGGGAAAAGUGCCUGACACUCUAUCUAGUUGCAAGAGACUGCAGUUUCUGGGUGUUUUCCCCCCAUGGGUGGGAAGAGUGGGUUUCAACUAUUAUACUCAUUUAUAGUCUUUUUAAAAAAAUGAUUAUUAUUACUAUAAAAUAAAAGCAUUGUUUAAAGCACCAGUUGGAUGCAGUUAAUUAAAUCUACUCUUCCAUGGGAACUCUUACGGUGUUUUUCCACCAUGGCAGUGUUUGUAGUUCGAGGAAAGACAAAACAGGCAAGAUCUACUGCAGUCCUUCUUGGGGGGUGAGAGGAGAUCUAUAGCAUCCACUUUUCCAAAGGACUGUUUCUGCUCCUUUUUCAAGGAGAGACUGUGGCUAGUUAUCCUAAGGUCUGUUCAGCGAGUCCCAUGUGCAUCCAACUGUUUGGUUUAUGCGUACACAACGGCAGCUGCCCCUCUCCCCUUGCAAAGUCUGGAAUAGGAAAGAGUUGUAGAAAGUUUUCCUAUGUCUUUUGUGUUUGCUGCUAAAAGAAUUAUCAGUUUGUACUGGCAAGCGCAAGAUUUUUAGCUAAUUGACAUUGGCUUCACUUGUGUUUUGGGUAGCUUUAGCAGAAAUUAUGCUUUGCAUUGGUUCAUGCACAGCUUUGGUGCAACGGAUCUUAUUUUCACGCGUGCCGCUCCCUUGCCAUAUUCCAAAGGAGAACCUGGCACACCUCAGGCGUAGGCAUUCUGUUCCCUUAGUAAGAUUACAGUGGAAGAUGCAUCCCUUUCGGGGGGUGGGGGGUUGAGAACAUCUCUUCAAAGAUUUAUGCUUUGUUAAACUGGUUUGAUUGGUCUCCUAAGGUAUUCUGCUGUGUCCUUCUGCCAUGCCUUUGCAUGUUGUCACCUGAAAUUUCUAAUCAAUGAAUUAACCCCCCCACCCCCCAAUCUUAUAUUAGCAUUCUUUGCCUGGAACUGGAUUGAUGGAACAGGUGGCCACAGUGUUCGGGUGUGUAAAAUGAAUGAAUGUGGUCAUGCUUUCAGCAUUCUUUCCCCCCAUCCCAUUUUUUUAAAAAACAUUUCAAAACACCUUGCUCUUGCCACCCCCACUUUUUCCUAUUAUUUUUGUAAUCCAAACUGUAUAUAAUAAUGUUGUGUGUUUUUCUGCUCCAGAAGAUCAUCCGCUUAGCGGGGGUGGUGCUUUCCCCAAUACUGUAUAGAUUUGGACCGAGCUCACGAAAACAAAAAUUCUGGUAAACCUCUCCCCUUCGGUCCCUUUUAAGUCGUCCUUCCUUCCUUUAGCAAAAGAUACUUGGUCAUGAAGAUGCUACUGUCAAGCUUUGGUUGAUGCAAUAGGCUACAAUAAUGGUUUGUGCUGAGUUUAUCAUGGGCUAAUUGAAUGAGGGGCCUCUAGCCACACAACAGGAGAGCAGAGCAUGGUAUGUAUUUAGCACCCAUCCUCUUAUGUCCGCUGAAUUCACUGCAGCUCGACUUUUGGUUCUUUUUGGUUUUUGGUAGUAUAUGUAUCAGGCAGUCUUAAUUUUUUUCAAAUCCAUUUAACCCCAAAAAAAUGUUUUUAGUACAACUGCUGUAUUAGAAAUCAGUAAUUCCUUAAGACCGGAGCAGUGCUCUUUUAAAAACCCUUCUGUGUACAAGAGGAUCCUGUUGCCCGGCACUUAGGGGGUUGAAAGACAACCGGACCCGGCUGCGGCUGACUGAAGACUUGUCUUAAUUUUUUUCCAUCUAGAGAGCACCUCAUGCUGUGGAAUUAACUGUUCUUAGACUUCAUUGUAACUGCUGGACUGUUCCGUGUUAAGGCUAAACAGAGGGAGAGAAAGUGUUCCUAAUUCUAAUAAACUUUUAUUUUGUUA